UAACAACAGAAGGAACUAUAAGCGUGUUUACGGAAUUUAAGUUAAACAGUGAGAGUUUUAAAGAAGGGAAAAGCUUCAUGUGCAGAGUACAGGGAUGAAGUUCCCUGUGGAUCUCCUGGCUGAUGUUAGCCAGAUGGAGCUGGAACGGUUUGCCCACAACUACAUGAACAACCUCCUCUACAGCAACCCAGAUUUUCCUGAACACCUCACCCUCUCUGACUCCACCCAGGUCACCAUAGACAUCUCCAGUGUGGGCUUUGUCCCUCUGUAUGGAUCCAGUGAUAAACAGAAAAUCCUGGCCCUCUUUUCCCCCACGGACCCAUUUACUGCUGUGGCUCUGUACCUGCUGGACCAGUGGUGGCCAGUGGACGACAUUCUCAAGACGGCAGACCCUGCUCGAGAUGGAGCUUUGGAGGUCAAGACAGUAGGGGAGAGAAUAGUUUUAUACAUCCUUAAUCGUGUCAUCUAUAGAGCCAAAGAAAUGAGCUCUGAGGAGCUUCCUUUCCUCUGCCAUGGAGAAAAAGACCAUGCAAAAAUCCUCUGGAAUAACGGACAGGCUGUUGGCUUCUAUUCAGUCAAACCCACAGGCAGUGUUUAUAAUUCUUUUUCAACCAGAAGCUAUCAGCUCCCUGUCAUGGACUCUAUAUUUGUGAGAAAGUGUCAGCGUGGUAAAGGUUUUGGCCUCCAGAUGCUGGAGGACUUUGUGCUCAGUUUCGAAGAGGACAGUCUGGGGUUUAGGUACCCCCUCACAACAUCCAUGUAUAAAGUGUGUGAGAAGUACCUGUGUCAGUACCCAGAAGACAAGGACCUGCUGUGGGAGGUGGAGGGCAUAGGUGGGCCCAAACAGAGGACCAAUAUUGCCAGUAAGAUCCAGGCAAUGGAGCAGUGUGCAGUUUCCAAGAGUCUUACCUUUACAGAGGAAUCACUGAUGAUCACUGAAAUGGCUGAAAAGGGUGUGGUGAUAGAGGCAAUUACCAGGAGUAGUGGCUCAAAACGAAGAAAAACGGGAGAGAAGAUUGCAGAGGACAAGUCAGAAAAAGUCCUCAGAAUUGAGGAUAUUGAAGCAGAAACCCCCGGAGAGGAGAAUGUUUCUGCACAAAAGGAGACAGAUCUGCAUCGUGUCUCUGAGUUGGUGCAGACUGAGGUUUGUGGUAUGAUCAGUGUGGCCCCUGAAGAAAGAGGAGAGGAUACAGUUGAUACUACAACUGAACAAGAUCUAGAAGAAAUCCAUGUUACAUCAGCAUCCAUAACUGAGGAGCCACAAGUAGAAGAUAAGGUACCACAGGAUCUGACGAGUAUUUACGGUGAACCCCCGAUAACAGUUGAGAAUGUGGCAUCAGAAAUAGAGGGACCAGAGGAAGAGGAUCAGAGGGAAGACACUACAGUGCUGGUAGUUUCUGAAGAAGUUUUAGAGAGACACAAGGAAGCAGAGACUCUAGACAAUGUGGGAGAGGGAACUCAAAUUGAGAACACUGAUGAAGAAAAGGUUACACAACAAGAGGUAAGCCUGUCAACACAUGCAUCGUCAGAGGAUAAGGAAGCUCUAAAGGCCAUAAAAACUGUCAAGAGUAAAGCCCCUAGAUGGAGAUCUAAGAGGCAGCCCAACCUACAGGAGGGGGUGGCGGAGAAAUCUCCAGCUAACGAUGGAAGGAUAGUUUUGAGAGGAAGAACUGUUAGGUACACACCAAAACGCAAAUAUACCCAACACAGCCAGAAAUUAAGUAAAGAAGUAGAGAACGAGGUUGAUGAGGAGGAAGAGGAGAACAAAGUUCCUACAGCUGAAGAAGUGGAGGGGUUAGCUUUAACCGAGGGAGAAAAGGAGGAAAUGACCACUGUGAAAGAGGAUGUAGUUACUGUGGAAGAAUUAAGCAAGGAAAAGCAACAGCUUGAAGAUGAACAGCUGGUGAAUGAAGAGCCUGGGGUGGAAGACACUAUGGUGAAGGCAAGUUUCAUAGAGCUUCCAGAUAAAGCAGAGACUGAACUCACAAAAGAAAAUGAGGAUGAAAAAGUAACAGAUGAAUCUGAGAGAGAACAAAAGGGAAGGAAGGUAGAAACAUCAGUGACACAGGAUAAACGAGAUGCCUCUCCUGAUGAGAUACAGGAGCCCCCUGCUGUACAGAAGAGAGCUUUGAGAGGCAGACCACCUAAAUGUAAGCCCACAAAACAAAGCAAAAAACAUGAGAAACAGGAGGUGGAGCCCACAGAUGAAGCCGAUCAGGGAACAGGAGGAUCUGCGAGUGAAGAGAGUGCAGAUCAACAACCAACAGACACAAAGAUUGAUGAACACCACAAGGAGGUACAAGAGGAGAGUGUUGAUAAAACAGAAGAAAAGAUAUCAACUGAGGAACUGACUGUUGUGAAGGAAGGUAGAAUUCUAAAGUCUGACAAGACCGCGGAGGAUGUUAUACCCUCAACUGAGGUGAAUGUGGAGGAAGAGUUAGAAAAAGAAACUAGUCCUGCUGAAGAGACUGGAGGAGAGGAAGAAGAGGCAUCACAGAAAUUGCCUGAGGAGAAAGGAGAGGAGAUAGAGGCAGAAGAAAGGAGUGUGGAAAAACAGAAAAACAAUGUGGAAGAGGAAAAAGUUGAGAGUGCAGCUGGAGGAGAAUCUGCAGUAGGAGAUGCAGAGCAGGUGGAGGAUGCCUCGACAGAGGAAGCAGCAGUGCUUGAAGAGGAGGACAACAGAGUAGAAGCUGCUGAUGAGAUUAAUGCUGACACAGUCCAGAUUUCAUCAGCUGAGGAAGAGGAAACCGCAGUCACAGAAGAAUGUGUAACUGCUGUAGAAGUGGAAUCUGACACUGCUGUUAAUGAAGAAGAGGCUGAAGAUGCAUCUGUGGCAGCAGUGGAAGAAACACGUCAAAAGGAUGAGGACAAAGAGCAGAAUAUGUCAGAGGAUGAGGAGGAACCUAUAGUGAUUGGAAAGAGAGUUUUAAGAGGGAGGUCAGUUCCUUCAGUAACAAUCACACCCAGACGCCGCAGUGCUAAAGUUCGAAAAGCAGAGGAGUCUUUGAGUGAUGAAGAAAAGACCUCUCCAUCAGCUCAGGAGAAAGAAAAUACAGAGCCAGAAGCUGAGAUGGAAAAAGUUGAAGCUGUGGCAGAGGAAUCACCCACAGAGCCAGAGAAAGUCAAAGAGGAACAGUCUGCUGUUUCAAAGACAUGUGCAGAUGGAAAGGGAGUGGCUUCUGUUGAGGAAAGUGCUGAAGAGACACCUAAUGCAGACAAGGGAUCAAUUACUGAUGAGGAAGAAACACCAACUGUUGAGACAGGAGUUCUGACCAGUGGUGAAAAGACAGUGAGAGCCACAGGAAGCAAAACCACAAAAAGAAAAAAUGAUGAGCAAGAAGAGGUGACUGGUGAGAAAAGUGCAGAAAAAGAUGAUGAGAAGGGAAGGAGGUCAGCUGCUGCAACAGAUAGACGUAAAUCCAAAAGAGCUCGCACACAGUGUCAGACAAAGGAAGAGGGAGCAAAAGAAACUAGUCCUGCUGAAGAGACUGAAGCUGUGGCAGAAGCUGUGGCAGAGGAAUCACCCACAGAGCCAGAGAUAGUCAAAGAGGAACAGUCUGCUGUUUCAAAGUCAUGUGCAGAUGGAAAGGAAGUGGCCCCUGUUGAGGAAAGUGCUGAAGAGACACCUAAUGCAGACAAGGGAUUAGUUACUGAUGAGGAAGAAACACCAACUGUUGAGACAGGAGUUCUGACCAGUGGUGAAAAGACAGUGACCACAAAAAGAAGAAAUUGUGAGCAAGAAGAGGUGACUGGUGAGAAAAGCGCAGAAAAAGAUGAGCUGGUGGUAGAAACAAGAGUUCUGAGGAAGGGAAGGAAGUCAGCUGCUGCAACAGAUAGACGUAAAUCCAAAAGAUCUCGCACACAGUGUCAGACAAAGGAAGAGGGAGCAAAAGAAACCAGUCCUGCUGAAGAGACUGAAGCUGUGGCAGAAGCUGUGGCAGAAGCUGUGGCAGAGGAAUCACCCACAGAGCCAGAGAUAGUCGAGGAGGAACAGUCUGCUGAAGAAGUGGAGGGGUUAGCUUUAACCGAGGGAGAAAAGGAGGAAAUGACCACUGUGAAAGAGGAUGUAGUUACUGUGGAAGAAUUAAGCAAGGAAAAGCAACAGCUUGAAGAUGAACAGCUGGUGAAUGAAGAGCCUGGGGUGGAAGACACUAUGGUGAAGGCAAGUUUCAUAGAGCUUCCAGAUAAAGCAGAGACUGAACUCACAAAAGAAAAUGAGGAUGAAAAAGUAACAGAUGAAUCUGAGAGAGAACAAAAGGGAAGGAAGGUAGAAACAUCAGUGACACAGGAUAAACGAGAUGCCUCUCCUGAUGAGAUACAGGAGCCCCCUGCUGUACAGAAGAGAGCUUUGAGAGGCAGACCACCUAAAUGUAAGCCCACAAAACAAAGCAAAAAACAUGAGAAACAGGAGGUGGAGCCCACAGAUGAAGCCGAUCAGGGAACAGGAGGAUCUGCGAGUGAAGAGAGUGCAGAUCAACAACCAACAGACACAAAGAUUGAUGAACACCACAAGGAGGUACAAGAGGAGAGUGUUGAUAAAACAGAAGAAAAGAUAUCAACUGAGGAACUGACUGUUGUGAAGGAAGGUAGAAUUCUAAAGUCUGACAAGACCGCGGAGGAUGUUAUACCCUCAACUGAGGUGAAUGUGGAGGAAGAGUUAGAAAAAGAAACUAGUCCUGCUGAAGAGACUGGAGGAGAGGAAGAAGAGGCAUCACAGAAAUUGCCUGAGGAGAAAGGAGAGGAGAUAGAGGCAGAAGAAAGGAGUGUGGAAAAACAGAAAAACAAUGUGGAAGAGGAAAAAGUUGAGAGUGCAGCUGGAGGAGAAUCUGCAGUAGGAGAUGCAGAGCAGGUGGAGGAUGCCUCGACAGAGGAAGCAGCAGUGCUUGAAGAGGAGGACAACAGAGUAGAAGCUGCUGAUGAGAUUAAUGCUGACACAGUCCAGAUUUCAUCAGCUGAGGAAGAGGAAACCGCAGUCACAGAAGAAUGUGUAACUGCUGUAGAAGUGGAAUCUGACACUGCUGUUAAUGAAGAAGAGGCUGAAGAUGCAUCUGUGGCAGCAGUGGAAGAAACACGUCAAAAGGAUGAGGACAAAGAGCAGAAUAUGUCAGAGGAUGAGGAGGAACCUAUAGUGAUUGGAAAGAGAGUUUUAAGAGGGAGGUCAGUUCCUUCAGUAACAAUCACACCCAGACGCCGCAGUGCUAAAGUUCGAAAAGCAGAAGAGUCUUUGAGUGAUGAAGAAAAGAACUCUUCGUCAGCUCGGAAGAGAAAAACUACAGAGGUAACACCAACUCGCACAUCUAAGCGCCUCAGCAGGUUUUAGGAUGUUCUGAUGAUUGACUUACAUAAUAAUGUAAGUAUUGGUGUUGAUACCUGAUGUCUGGAUGUAUGCUUUUGUAGUGUGCAGGCUUACAGUGUAAACAAACUAUUGUAUAGUUUUAGUCAUGAUUUAAAGGUGACGAUUGGUUUUGAAAUGUCAAUUAAUGAACGUAAACACCCUUUUUGUAUCAGAUCCCUCAGAGUUUUGGUCGGUAGAAGCAGUAUGGUGAGUCAUGUUGGGUGAUGGUAGAUGUUGUUGUGUAGCUCACAUUAUUGAGUGUGCACACUGUUUUCAUCAUUCCUCUGCUUGUGCCACUGCUAUUACCUUUAGCAUUUCUCCUGUAAGUUGCUCUCAGUGUGAGCGAGGCUCCUCGUCCCUCAUGGCCCUGCAGGGAAGAAGUGGCUAUAGAUGACAAAUGGCAAUAUCUUUUUACUGUUACAACUUGUGACCACAGUGGCCGCUGUGCUUAAGUUACAUAUUUUUGUUUUAAACCCACUCUGUCUGCAAUCCAGAAAUGCAGUUAAUCACUUCUGUGCUCCUUUACACCGGGGGACACUGUGGCUCACAACUAUUUUCACCAGCAUCUUCUAUUUUUCUACAAACAAAAACCUAUGCUAUCAUGAUCAUUUGAAAAACAUAUAAAUUCUACACAAUGUGGCUUUAAAAGACCUCGGAUCUUCUGCAAACUUUUCACAGGUCUGACAUACUUAUUUAUGCUCAUUCUUUGUAAAAUUGCCUUUUACCAGUUUGUAUGUGAACUUUGUUUCAAAGAGAAAACACAAUCUAAUGGGCCCUCAUUAGAUUUAUUUUACUUUUACUUUUACUCUAAAAAAGCCAUAAUUUGCAUUUGAACUGAAAUUCGUACAUGAGGAAUAUUAAUAGUUUUAUAUUGUAAAUAUUUUUAAUUUUAUAUUUCAUGAAAAAUGUGAAUGUCCAGAUUGCAUUGUGUUAUGCAACACAUAUUUCAACUGCAGGUGUUGUGAUUAUCUUAACCAGCAAUAUGCAACAAAAUCUAAGGAGAAUUAUGGUGAAUUUGUGAAAUGCUCCAUCAGAUUUAGAAAGGACACUACAGUCAGAACCAGUCAGUAUGUCAUGGUUGCAUUUAUUUUUUCUUUAUAGAAUUUGUUUACUUUGAUUUAAAAAGAAAUUACCAGAACAUGUUCUUUCUUUGCAACUAUCAGCAGGUCUUAAUAUUACCAUGUUCAUUUUACAAUUAGAGAUUUUAACUUGGAGAUCCAACUAACAUGUACUCACCUCAGUGUUACACUUUUCACUAACAUUGUGAACUGAAUUAUGUUUCUGUUGUUUUCAAUAAUGUGAUAUCAUUUAGUCAACAUUAUACAUUGUCUAAUCAAUGUGAGUGUUCAUUUUGUUAGUCGUAUUAUUUUGAAGCUAACAUUUAUUUGGCUGUGUAAUGUAAAACUGUGAUUUCACACAUGUAUUCAUGCUUAAUAGCAGAUGCCAGUUAGGGUCAUUAACUCAGAUUUUCUGUGUGGACUAACCUUUGGCUGCAGAGUUAUUUUUCCAUGAAUUAAAAUGGUGACAAAAACA